UAACAACAAAGCGAAAUGUCCCAAAUAUAUUGAUUUUAACAUUUAAGCUAUCAGAUAAUGAUGAAACGGUUCAAACAACAUUCAAUAAUUCAAAAACGUAGUCCAGAAAAAUUUCUAAAAAUGUCAUAUAUAAGAAGCUGGUGAUUAUCUGAUUAUAAAUCCACUUUAAAUAGCCCUAAUAUUUUUAAAAAGUGGAUAUUAGGGAAAGAAUUCAGCUUAAUGCAUAAGACAUCUGAAUGGCACAUUGGAGUGCCUGUGUUCAAGUUUCAGCUUGUGUCCCUAUUUUAAUGUCCUGAUGUGAUGCAUGGAAGGAGGCAGAGGAUGAUGGUUCAAAUGCUUGGGUCCCAGGUGGGAGAACAGGACCGAGCUCCUGGCCCUUUGCUUUGCCCAGCUCAGUUUAGUCCUGGCUGUGGACAUUUGGAGAGUGAACCAGCAGGCAGGAAAUCUGUCAUUCUUUUGAACAAAUAAAGUCAAAUUUAAAAAAAAUCCACACAUACCCACAUUGGUCUAUAGAAUAACAACUUUAGUGGUGAAAGUGCAUGUUUUAAAACUUCGGUAUUCCAGUUUACUUAAUUAACAAUAAAAUGUGAUAUACGUAGUUUAAAUGAAAUGAAGUAAUGAGAGGUUAUGUAUGUAAGUGGACCCUGAAUUUUUUUUUUUCCAAUUCAAUUGUAGUAUCUCUGUCACAACACCUAAAGAAAAAUAUUGACGUACACACAGACUCUAAAAGGAAAACUGAAAUGCCCUGGGUCUUUAAAGAAUCUAGAGCUGAAAAUGAUUGCUUUGCGUAAUGAUACAGAUUGUGCAUUGGAAGAUCUGUGAAUUUAUCUGCUCUACACAGUAGCCACAUGAUGUCGCUGUACACCACAAAGUCUUGUUAAUGGAAAUGCAUAGCGCUAAGAACUGAAGGAGGAAGCUCCAUUUUGUCACAGCCAUGGAGAAGACGGAACCGGUAAGGAGAUAAACGAUCGGAAAUACCAAGUAAAACAGAAAAAGGGGGGAAUAGUUUUGAAGUAGGGUAAUUGUGGUUCAAACGGUGUGCUUUUGAGAUGCUGCUUCCCUGGCGGGGAGGGCCUGGAGCCCCACGCUUGCUACUCUGGCUUCUGCUCCUCACACCCUGGCGGGCAGGGAGCGGCCAGCUGCGCUACUCGGUCCCCGAGGAGGCCAAACACGGCACGUUCGUGGGCCGCAUCGCGCAGGACCUGGGGCUGCAGCUGGCCGAGCUGGUGCCGCGCCUGUUCCGGGUGGCGUCCAGGGGCGGCGCGGACCUGCUGGAGGUGAAUCUGCAGAAUGGCAUCUUGUUCGUGAAUUCUCGGCUGGACCGUGAGGAGCUGUGCGGGCGCAGCGCGGAGUGCAGCGUGCACCUGGAGGUGCUGGUGGAGCGUCCUCUGCAGGUGUUCCACGUGGAGGUGGAGGUGAGGGACAUCAAUGACAAUGCGCCCGUGUUCCCUGAGAAGGAACUAAGAAUGCAGAUUUCUGAAUCGAGGCUGCCAGAUUCGCGGUUUCCGAUAGAGGCAGCGACUGAUGCGGAUAUUGGUACCAACGCCCUUCUAAAGUACACCCUGAGCUCCAGUGAUUAUUUCUCCCUGGACGUACAGGCGAAUGAUGAGCUUGGUCAGUCUUUGUCUCUUGAGCUGAAGAAAUCUUUGGACAGGGAGGAAACCCCAGAACUUCAUUUGUUAUUGACAGCUACCGACGGGGGCAAACCAGAGAUGACAGGGACAGUCCAGCUGCUGAUCACCGUGCUGGACGUGAAUGACAACGCCCCCCGGUUUGAGCAGGCGCUGUACAGGGUCCGCUUACUCGAGACUGCCGCACCUGGGACCCUGGUGACCACAGUGAACGCCUCCGACGCCGAUGAGGGCGUCAAUGGCGAAGUUGUCUUUUCAUUUAGCAGCAAGGUUUCUCCCAACACCCAGAAGACGUUCGAAAUCUAUCCCAGUUCAGGAGAAAUUAGAGUAACUGGUGAACUGGAUUACGAAGAAACAAAAUCUUACGAAAUUCAGAUAAAGGCCGUCGAUAAAGGCAGUCCUCCCAUGUCCAAUCACUGCAAGGUGCUGGUGAAAGUGCUGGACGUAAACGACAACCCUCCUGAGCUGUCUGUCACCUCGCCAUCCUUGCCCAUCCCUGAGGACGCUCCACUGGGCACCGUCAUCGCCCUCAUCAGCGUGUCUGAUCGCGACUCCGGCCCAAACGGGCAGGUCACCUGCUCCCUCGAGCCCCACUUGCCCUUCAAGCUGCUGUCCACCUACAAGAACCACUACUCGCUGGUGCUCGACAGCGCCCUGGACCGCGAGAGCGUGUCUGGCUACGACGUGGUGGUGAGAGCGCGCGACGCGGGCUCGCCCCCGCGCUGGGCCAGCGCCAGCGUGCGGGUGGAGGUGGCCGACGUGAACGACAACGCGCCCCAGUUCGCGCAGGCCGAGUACACGGUGUUCGUGAAGGAGAACAACGCGCCGGGCUGCCACAUCUUCACGGUGUCGGCGCAGGACGCGGACGCGCAGGAGAACGCGCGCGUGUGGUACUCGCUGGUGGAGCGUCGCGUGGGCGGGCGCGCGCUGUCGAGCUACGUGUCUGUGCACGGCGAGAGCGGCCGCGUGUACGCGCUGCAGCCUCUGGACCACGAGGAGCUGGAGGUGCUGCGCGUGGAGGUGAGCGCGCGCGACGCGGGCGCGCCUUCGCUGGGCAGCAACGUGACGCUGCAGGUGUUCGUGCUGGACGAGAACGACAACGCGCCCUGGCUGCUGGCGCGCGGCGCGGGCGGGCCUUUGGGGGCGGCUGUGGCUGCGAGCGAGCUGGUGCCGCGGUCGGCGGGCGCGGGCCACGUGGUGACGAAGGUGCGCGCGGUGGACUUGGACGCGGGCUACAACGCGUGGCUGUGGUUCGAGCUGCAGGCGGCGUCUGCGGGCGGCGCGCGCUGCCCGUUCCGCGUGGGCCUGUACACGGGCGAGAUCAGCACGACGCGCGCCCUGGACGAGCUGGACGCUGCGCGCCAGCAGCUGGUGGUGCUGGUGCGGGACCACGGCGAGCCGGCGCUCACGGCCACGGCCACGGUGCUGGUGUCGCUGGUGGACGGCGGUCAGGCGGCGCCGUCGUGGUCGCGGGCGUCAGUGGCGGCGUCCUCGUCUGCGGUCGCGCUGGGUGGUGCGUCGUCGCUGGUGGACGUGAACGUGUACCUGGUGGUGGCGAUCUGCGCGGUGUCGAGCCUGCUGGUGCUGACGCUGGUGGUGUGGGCGGCGGUGCGGUGCUCGUCGGGUGCAGCGUCGGCGGAGGGCGCGUGCGUGUCGGGUCCGGCGGCGGCGGCGGCGGCGGCGCUGGUGUGCUCGAGCGCGGUGGGGAGCUGGUCGUGCUCUCAGCGGAGGCGGCAGCGGGUGUGCUCUGGGGAGGGCCCGCCCAAGGCCGACCUCAUGGCCUUCAGUCCUGGCUUGUCUCCCAGCACAAACACAACUGAAGCAAGUGAACAUCCACAAGGAAAUCUGGAUCUUUCCGGUAAUGUAAGUCCUUUAAUUCUGCUUUGA